GGCUGGAAGACUUGAGCAGGUGAUUGAUUUUCAACGCGGACUGCACAUCGAUGUGGAAGACUUCUGAGAUGGCUGGGGUACGCUGGUUUCUCCUUAUGAUGACGUUGUGUUUGACCGGCCCCAAACUGACGCAGGCCAGACGAGGGAACAGAUGUCAGGCGUCCCCAAGCACAAGUACUCGUCCAGUAGUGAUCACGGGCAAGGUACUGGCUUUCUAUCCUAUCCAGGUGCCUCGGGUUCAUUUUCCGGUCAAACGUCUGGGCCUGGUGGAGGUCAAGCGGGUCAUCUCAGGUCAGGUCAGCCGACCCCAGAUGGUGGUGGAAGGGUUCUAUCAGAUCGGUGUAUGCAACUCGCGACUGAGACUGCGGGAUACACGAAUAUUCUUCAUGAAGCGUCAUGAGCAGCCACCGGAUCAAAACAUCACAGACCACGUGGACUUCCGACUUCUCUCUACAGCCCGAGUCUCGGCAAGCAAUUUAAAAACCUCCCGACAGUAUUCAGAUCUGCCGCUGGAGUCCCGUAGCACGAUCAAAGGCUCCUGUCCGGACCCGUGUCCGUUCGGUGGCGAGUGCCGGGCCGGGCCGGACGGUAUCGCCGCCUGCGCGUGCCCCAAGCCCUGCCCCACCCGCUACGAGCCGGUGUGCGGCUCGGACGGCAACACCUACUACAACCGGUGCCAGCUGCGUCUUCACGCCUGCCACACCAGGACCGACGUGCGCGUCACAGCUGCGGGCAAAUGCCAGUCGCUGGACCCGUGCCGAGACAUGGAGUGCCCGUUCGGCGGGCGGUGUGUGGCCGCCGGCGCGACCGCCAGCUGCCAGUGCCCGACCGACUGCCCGAGUUUCGGCGGCCAGCGGGUCUGCGGCAGCGACGGGGUCACAUACGACUCGCUCUGCGAGCUGCAGCGGCACGCCUGCGUCACCAGCACCAACGUCACCGCCCGCCUCACCGGGGAGUGCGACCCAUGCGUCAGGACCUCGUGCCCGGAGUACCAGGUGUGCCAGCUGGACGGUCAGCGCCGCGCCUCGUGCCGCUGCUCGAGCCAGUGCCAGCGCCAGCUGGAGCCGGUGUGCGCCAGCGACGGUCUCACCUACCCGUCCGAGUGUCUGAUGCAGGUGGAGGCGUGCCGCCGGCGCCGCCCCCUGCGCAUCAUCUACCGCGGACAGUGCAGCUCCAGUGCCAACCCGUGCUCGUCAGUGCAGUGCAGCGAGCACGAGCAGUGCUCCAUCGACGGCGAUGGCGUGGCGCGCUGCACGUGCCAGGACGCCUGUCAAGCCGUGGUGCGACCCGUGUGCGCCAGCGACGGCCGCACGUACGACAACACGUGUCUGAUGGAGCUGGAACGCUGCAGGAGCGGGCGCGCCAUGCACGUGCGACACUACGGCAUCUGCGGCACCUCUGACCCCUGCGCCACGCACAGCUGCCAGCACGGCGGGGUGUGCCGCUCGGACGGCGCGGGCACUCCCCACUGCGAGUGCCCGGAGUGCUCGGGCGAGUACAGUCCCGUCUGCGCCACGGACGGCACCUCCUACAACAACGAGUGCAAGCUGCGGCUGGAGGCGUGCGAGAAGCAGCUGCCCCUGCGCGUCCAGUACACGGGCAUGUGCAACGGCAGUCUGCAGGCGAAAAAAGACGCAGAACCAGCAGUCUUAGUUGGUGACGAGGGCUGUGAGAAGAAGCACUGCCCUCACUACGGCAUCUGCGAGAGUCGGCCGGCCGGUGGCGCCGCCUGCGUCUGUCCCCGCACCUGCGUACCGCAUAACGAUCCCGUGUGCGGGAUCGACGGCGUCACAUACCCGAACGAGUGUGAGAUGAAGGUGGCCGCCUGCAACAAGCAGCAGUUCGUCACGGCCGCGUACAAGGGAGACUGCGACCUGUGCCAGCACGUGGUGUGCAAGUUCGGAGCCCGCUGCGAGGCUGGGCGCUGCGUGUGUCCGACCGAGUGUCCCGAUGAGGAGGACCCCGUCUGCGGCACGGACGGCGCCACCUACGGCAACGAGUGUCUGAUGAGGGCACGCGCCUGCACCGCCGACGCCGACGCCCACCUCACCACGGCCUACGUCGGCCGCUGCCAGGACACCUCCAGGCCGCGCACGGUCUCGGCGGGGCUCGGCGACCUCUACCUCUGUAAGGACAUCCGCUGUGAAUUCGGCGCCACGUGCACAACGGGCGCCGACCGGCUGCCGCGCUGCACGUGCCUGUUCGACUGCGGCCCCGAGAGCGGCGCACCGCCGGCGGCGGCGGCACGGCCCGUGUGCGGCUCCGACCUGCGCCUGUACCGCUCUGAGUGCGUGCUGCGCCGCGAGGCGUGCGAGCGCCAGCAGGAGCUCAGGCCUCGCCCGCUGGUGCUCUGCCAGGGACUGAACUCAGACGCGACCGUGUCGCCAUGCUACGGCUUGGAGCCGCUGCUCAGCCCGGACACCGGUCAGCCGCUGAGCUGUGCCGACGGCGCCGCCUGCCCGGCCGCCUCCUACUGCCACCGCUCGCUGGAGUUCGCGCGCUGCUGCCCGCUCCCGGACGGCAGGACGGCGGCGGCGGCGGCCAGUGGUGCCGGCUGCCCGGCAGACUGCGACUGUCACCGGCUAGGCGCGCUCGGGCCGCAGUGCGACCCGGUCACGAAGCUGUGCGCCUGCCGGCCGGGCGUCGGCGGCCGCCGCUGCGACCGCUGCCAGCCGGCCUUCUGGGGCCUGCCGAGGAUAGCGCGCGGCAAUGUGGGCUGCCAGCCGUGCGGCUGCUCCGCGUUCGGCUCGGCUCGCGACGACUGCGAGCAGUCGCGCGGCCUCUGCGUCUGCAAGCCCGGUGUGUUCGGCAGCAAGUGUAACAAAUGCCCCGAGGGCCAAACCCUGCGACCCGAGGGCUGUGUCAAAGCAGGCGACCUGAAGCCAGACGCGACGACGUGCGCCGAGCUCUCGUGCUACUUCGGCGCCACGUGCACGCAGCGGCCGGACCGCGCCGAGUGCACGUGCAACCGCACGUGUCCGGAGCCGGCCGGCGACGAGCCGCGGUCGGAGGUGUGUGGCUCGGACGGCGCGAGCUACGGCAGCCUCUGCCAGCUGGAGCUGGCUGCCUGUCGUGGCCAGCGCGACCUCACGCUGCGCGCGUUCGGCCCCUGUCCGGACAGAGAGGCUUCGCUGGAGCCGACUGGCUUUCCAUUCCGUCGCUCGACACUGUUCCACUCCGCCUUUACCGAACAGUCCAUGCCCACGGCGGCCAAGUCGACCCGCCAUCUGUUGCCCGAAUACGAAAGCAACGGUUCUCUAGAGCGCCACACCACGCAGGACAACUUCCUGAUCCAAGGCAUGCUGGGCAGUUCGUGCCGCAAGGACGAGGAGUGCCGUGUCACACUCUCCCUCUGCAACAACGGCAUGUGUGAAUGCCAGGACGGCUUGGACGAGGCCUCCAAUCGGCAACAGUGCAUCGCGCUGACUCCGCCCAUGCUGACCACGGAAGGCGUGACGAGGCUAGUGCUGAACCCCUGCAUGAGCCGGCCGUGUUUGCACGGCGCGCGCUGUCAGCAGGACGAGCGCAACCAUGACGACUACGUCUGCCUCUGUCCGGAGGCCAUGACCGGCAAGAACUGUGACCUGCCUGUGGGUCCCCCGACCGCCGCGCCCCCGGCGGCCGGCGACAGUUACGACACGCCGUCCUUCUCGGGCCGUUCCUACUUGACGAUGCGACCGCCCAAGGCCACUAUCAAGUUCCACCUGGAGCUGGAGUUCAGCAGCCACACUGACGACGGCAUUCUGCUCUACAACCAGCAGUGGCCCAACGGGACGGGCGACUUCAUCGCUAUCGCGCUGGUGGACGGUUUCGUCGAGUUCCGGUACGACAUCGGGAACGGCCCGGUCGUGAUCCGAUCGUUGAGCAAGGUCUCUCAGGGCGGUUACCACAAGGUGGUGGCUCGGCGCUACCACGGCGACGGACAGCUGAUUGUGGAUGGCGGCGAGAGCAUCCACGGAAGGUCGGAGGGCAGUCUGCGCUCGCUGGACCUGCGCCAGCCGCUCUAUAUCGGAUACGUGCCCAGCCAAUACAACAGGGUCUACGAGAACGCCGGCACGGCGUUCGGGUUCGUGGGCUGCGUGCGCCGCCUGCGGCUGGACCAGCCGUCGGCCGCCGAGCUGGGGUACCCAGGCUCGCGGCACAUAACGCGCUCGGUGGGCGUGCGCCAGUGCGGCGCCGACCCGUGCGCCAGCCGGCCCUGCCAGCACGCUGGGCUGUGCGUGCUCACCACCGGCGACCGCUACCUCUGCCAGUGCUCCGAGCAGUACCGCGGUGACCACUGUGAGCAACCGGUGGAUCCGUGCAGUGCGAAGGACGCGUGCGCCAGCGGUGCCACCUGUGUGAACGUAGCCGACACGUUCCAGUGUCUCUGCCCACCCGGACGAUGGGGCGAGAAAUGCGCAGAAGUUCGCGCCGAUCACAUCAGUGAUCCGUUCGUGCCGAGCUUCAGUGGCGCCGCCUAUCUGCAGUUGCGAAAACUGCGCGAUAUUGGCCGCUCGCUUGAGCUGGAGGUGUGGUUCCUCGCCCGCUCACCAGAUGGCAUUCUGCUCUACUCGGGACAAUUCGACAGGAACGGGGACUUCCUGGGCCUGAAGCUGGUGGACGGCCGGCUAGAGUUCGGCUUCAACCUCGGCUCAGGACCUGUUAUGAUCAAAUCUGAAGAAUCGGUCACCAUGAACAAGUGGCACUCAGUGAAGCUGACCCGUUUCGAUCGAGAUGGCUCUUUGCAAGUGGACAAUGGCACCAUCAUUCGCGGCACAGCACCCGGUCACCUAAACGAGCUUAACCUCGACCUGCCACUCUAUGUGGGAGGAGUCGACUCUCCGUUUAUCCUGAACCCCGAGUUCGGGCUGCCGGUGGGCUUGGAUGGAGCUGUCCAAGCGAUCGGAAUUAACGGCGCCCUCCUCAGGGAUCUGAUGGCGAAAGCAACUUUCUCAAGCAAGGUUACCAGGUGGCACGCCGUCGCUGCCGGCUGGCCUGCCGUUCCACUGUUACCGCCGCUUCCGGGGCUGCCUGCGGCGGCUCACCGUCGGCAGACACGCGGUCAACCUGGCCACUCAUGUGGACAAUGUAAAACUGAGCCGCUGCCCGGCCGUCUGACGCCGCCGGCUGCCGCGCGCCCCCCGCGGUGCGGUGUGACCUCACACGGUGUGACGCGUGGUGUGACGGCCGACGGCGGCUCCCGUGUGAAGCGACGGUGUCACGCCGUGCGGCGACUGCAUGACGUCAGGGCGUGAUUUGGACGCGCGUCGACGCCGUGUGACGAAUUCGUUUGGUGUGACUCUGGGACGUCACUGCGCGAAGCUACGCCAAAGUGACGACACCAUGUGAGUAGGACGGCUGGCGUGACCGUGUGAAAUUGAGCCGUGUGUGAAUGGCACCGUGUGACGAUGUGUGAAAUUGGGAAGCGUUGACGCCGUGUGGUGAAGUUGUUUGGCGAGAGUACUUGACCGUGGCUUGUGAGGGGGUAUCCGCGCAUGAGCCCGCGAGCGCGGCGAACUGAAUGCGGUGUGGUAGUGUUUGGCGCGUGUUGUUUGUGCUCAGAUGGAGUUUUUAGAAGCUGUUGACCGUACCGACCGACAACACCCCGUCUCAUGUGACCUACGCUGUUAACUAAUACGCUGGUCAUGUUCUGUUUUGUGCAUAAUGCAUGACGUUUGUAAAUAUAUGUCAUACGUAACAAA